CGCAGGUUCGCGGGCGCGCUGCGCGCGCUGCUAGCCCGCCACCGCGAGCGCGGAGACGCCGCGGCGGCGCUGGGGCUUGCUGUGACCUGCGAGAGACUGUUGUCGGAGGUGGCGGUGACGGUGGCGGUGGCGGCGGAAGGCGGGACGGGCACGGCCGGGCCGUCGGCCGAGAGACUCCAGCUGGCGCACCGCCAAGCCACGGCGCGCUAUCUCGACAGCCUGCUUGCCCUGGAGCAGGUGCUGCUUGAUAUGGACUUGGACUCGCCGAGUGACGUAUGCAACGGCAUGCGCAAGGACUUUCCUCCCGACUUUUUGACCAAGCGGAGUGUGCCGACCACUAUCUAG